CCGAGACAAGCCUUGCUUUUGUAUCACACACCCCAAAAGACUUGGGGUCUCUGUGCGGAUGCAUGGACCGCGCCUCAUGGAGGCAUACAUGCUGGCGCUUUUACUGGCACACGCCGCUGGUUUUGAGAACCUACGAGGGGAGCGACUGCUGCAGGAAACCAAUGACACCGCGUCGGUGACCUUGGAGCCAGUCUGCGCUCCGAAGCCAGCUGUGUUCUUUGUGGAUCAGAAGCCGAUGUGCCAGCCCUGUGCCCGUAUCACCAUUGAUGAUCUAGAGAAAAGGUGCAUGUUCAACACUUCCCAAUGUGAUAUGGUGGGCCCGGGCGAGAGCUGCGUCAUCGAUUGCGCAGCACCCUAUGUGCGAGUGGGUCCCACCACCAUGGGACAAUGCCCCGGAGGCAACAGCAUCAAGGACCGACUGCUUUUGUGGCGGGAGCCCAAUUGCACUUGCCCAGAGCCAGAUGCUCAACAGGGCUACGUCAAGGACAGCAACGGUGAGUGGCGCUGUGCCCAAGGGUUUGCUGGAAUGCCCAGGGUGGUCUGCCAAGCAUUGCCAGGCUGCGGUGGGGUUCUGUCCAACUGGGAGGGCUGUGACAAGCUAGUGCCUUGUGCCAUGCCCUCUGUGGACAACUGCAGAUUCGAUGUGUCUCGUUGCACGCAAGUGCCACCCGGGGGGUCCUGCGAGAUCCACUGCCAAGCGCCACUGACGGGGAACCACACAGUGGCAGUUUGCAAGGAUCUCAACACCAAUCCACUGCAGGAGCUCGACUAUUUCCCGCUGACCUGCUUGCUGGAGAGCUGCCCAGAUCCUUCGCCUUGGCCGGCAGGUUACAACAAGACUCCUGAAGGGAAGUGGGUCUGCGCAAACGGCUACAAUGGCACUGCGCGGAAUCGAUGUGAGUUAGGGGAUACCUGGACUGCUGACUGCUCUGCAGCUGCAGCGCUGGCUGGCUGCAGAGAGGUCGUGCCCUGUUUGGCGCCGAGCUUGACCGGCUUGGACCGCUGUACCUACGAUGUCUCGGCGUGCACAUCCGUGGCGCCUGGAGACUUUUGUGAGGUUCACUGUCGAAGCCCCUUCGCGGGGUCGAAAACAGAGGCCUAUUGCCCUCAUGGCAACACUGAUCCUGCUGGCUUGGUCUGGACCCGUCCACCCUGUGGAUUAGAUUCUUGUGAUGAGCCUGGCACUGUGCCAGCCGGCUACAGACGGCAGGGCACUGCUGGCUGGGAAUGUGCUCAGAGCUACACAGGCUUUGCAGAAAAGGUCUGCGAGACCACGGAGAGUUGUGAGAUCCGUGCGGUGCUCCAAGGCUGCUUGCAGCUGGUUCCCUGCGAGGCGGAGCAAUCGGACUGCCGCUUUGACUUCAUCGACUGCAUCAGCGUUCAGCCGAAUGCCCAGUGUCAGGUGAGGUGCAAGGCCCAAAAUGGCUUUGCUGGCAGCGCAACAACAGCGACCUGUCUCCAAGGCAACACUGAUGUGAAUGGCCUGGUUUGGACACCUCCGGUGUGCCAGAUCAGCAGCUGUGACGAUCCACCUGAAGGGAAUGGCUAUGUCAAGUCAGAUUUUGGUUGGGAGUGUGCAGAUGGAUACUCCGGCAGAGUCAACAAGACUUGCGUUUGGAUGGAGGACGAGUGUGUGGCUGUCCCAUUACUCUCGGGAUGUAUCAUGGAGCAACCAUGUCGGCUUCCUGAUUUGGGCGCAGUGCCGUGCAUGUACGAUGUCUCGGACUGCACCAGUGUGCCACCUGGACAGGUUUGCAGCAUUCGUUGCAAGUUGCCGUACCUGGGUCCUUCCGCAGAUUUUGCAUGCCCCGUAGCCAACACAGAUGCGAACCAAAUGCUGCAGGGCUCCUUGCCGCUCUGUGGAUGUGGCGAACCUACGCCACUUCCUCCUGGCUACAAUGUGACACAGGACCAGUUUGACAACAACAAGAUCACCUACUCCUGUGCACAAGGCUAUGGAGGCUAUGCCUUGAAGAUCUGCCAGCCCGGUCCAGCUUGCACAGUUGAUCCUCUGAUGACAGGCUGUGCAAUUCCUUUGACCUGCGAGGCAAUCUGGAUGGACACGGGGUCUGGAGAGGGCAUUGCUCGAGGAGAAAUUCACCUGGGACCUGCUUUGGUGGGCGCUUCUGUGAAUGAGGGCAAUGUGACCGACUACGAAGUCUUCUGGGCGGAUAGCUGCGAAGAGCGAAUGGGUGCAGAGGCCCUAGGCAGAGUGCCAAAGGCAGAUGGCGGUGAGGCAUGCUGUAGGAGCGAUGCAUAUUCAGUGCCAAUCAAUGGUCGCCCACCUUCAGGCGCCACUGGCUGGGUCGUCUACUCGAUCCUGAACUUCAGCGGCCGAGCACCUGUGGGCGUCUUCGUGCCGCUGAACCAGACAUCACUGAACCAAGCCAUCAUUGGGAGCAGCGCCCAUUUUUCCCGGCCAGUUUGGAUGCUGCUGUGUUUGGUUGUCGCACGCAUUGUAUCCUGACCAGCGUAGUGACCUGCGCCUCUGUCGGCUAAACCGGCAAUGCUACGGCAGACCAUCCUGAAGGGAUUUGGUCUGUGAACCGAUAAAAAGCAGGAACCUGUUAUCGAUGC